GUUAAAACACUAUAAAGGACUAAACUGAGUGACACACUUACUGCAGCUCUCAGCUUCUGCAUCUGCUGUUAAUCAUGUCACCAUCUACCUCAACAAGAAACACUUUUAUUUUGCUGUUUUAUCUGUUUUUUACAUGUCUGCACGUCAUCGUUAUUGGCAAUACGUGUGGCACAAAUUAUUACAAGAAACCCAAUCAAACGGUCCCGAGAUGUGAACGCUGCACUCAAGAGUGUUCUGAUGCUAAAAAUGAGAUGGAAGUUACUUCAUGCACUCAGGACACCAACAGAGUUUGCCACUGUAAGCCAGGUUUUUAUUGUACAAAAGGAAAUGAUUAUAACACGCACUGCCAUAAACCAUGUGUUCCCUGUGAGAAAGGCACAUUCUCCAGCACACCAUCUCUGAGCACCUGCAAGUCUCAUAGAGAUUGUGCUAAGUUGGGAAUGAUAAUGCUCAUGGAAGGCACAGUGACAGAGGACAGCAAAUGUGUGAAAAUCACAACAGCGACGUCAACCUUGUCCACUACCACAGAUAAUAUCAUUAUUACCAGCACUUCCAACAGCACUUCAGGAAUUCACAUCAUUGGGACAGGGGUCACUGCACAACUCACAAACGUUCCAGAAAGCCAGUCCCAUUGGCUGCUGCUACUAAUCUUGAUGUUGAUCAUUUUGUUCAUGGCUGGAUUCUGUAUGCUGAUGAAAGACGUGACAAAGAAAACCCUUUCUAAAUGCUUCGGUUUUAUAAAAGGAGGACAUGUAAGUACUUUUGUGUGAUAUCACAAUGAAUUAAAUUAACCUGAUUUUGUUCAUUUAACUGAAUGUUUAAAGGAAUACAUUUUGCUGGAAAUUUACUCAACCUCUAGGCCAUUCAAGAUGUAGGUGAGUUGUUUCUUCAUCAGAUUUGGAGAAAUGUAGCAUUGCAUCACUUGCUCACCAAUGGAUCCUCUGCAGUGAAUUGGUGCCAUCAGAAUGAGAGUCCAAACAGCUGUUAAAAGCAUCACAAUAAUCCAAAAGUAAUCCAGUCCACUCCAGUCCAAUUAGCAUCUUGUGAAGCCAAAAGCUGUGUGUUUGAAAGAAACAUUUAUCAUUAAUGCAUUUUAAAUUUCUUAAGAUGCUUCUGGACAAAAUACUAGUCCAUAAAUCCAUAAUCAGUAAAUCAGUAUAGUUAGAAGUCCAUCCCCUGUUGUGUCUCACAUCAAAAUCCACUGAUAUGUGAACAGUUUUAGACUGUUUUUGUCUGUAAACUGUGUUUGAUCUGUGCAGAUUUCUCUCCUGAUUCAGACUUUUUUUUUUUACUGGAGAAAAUCUUCUUAUGUAUAGAAGACUCGUAUUUUAUCCAGAAACGCACAGCUUUUGGCUUCACGAGAUGUUAACUGAUGGACUGGAGUGGUGUGGAUUACUUGUGGAUUAUUGGGAUGUUUUUAUCAGCUGUUUGGACUCUCGUUCUGACGGCACCCAUUUACUGCAGAGCAUCCGUUGGUGAGCAAGUGAUGUAAUGCUUCAUUUCUCCAAAUCUGAUGAAGAAACAAACCCAUCUACA